GUGAGCGACAUAUCGAAUCAACACAAGUCACGUACACCAUCUCCUCUCCUACACAAAAGUGUUUUCUAUUCAUUUCAAAAAUCCCCCAGGAGGACUCUUCAUCGCCGAAAGUCUGCAGGCCAUUUCAAGUGCGACCAAGGAAAACCCUUAUCCUCAAGUGUCCAUCUCAAACCUAAUUCUCAAUCAAAUCUAUUGUUUUAUCGCUUCCGCUUUAAUCCAUCAUGAAGAUCACCGAGAAGCUGCAGAAGGCUGAAAAGGAAGGUCGACCCUUCUGGAGCUUUGAAUUCUUCCCUCCCCGAACCGCUCAGGGUUUGCAAAACCUCUAUGACAGGAUCGAGCGUAUGAGGGACCUUGGUCCUGAGUUUAUUGACAUCACUUGGGGCGCCGGUGGAAAGAACGCCGAUCUUACCAACUCUCUUGUCCAGGUCUGCCAGGCAACCAUUGGCAUCGAAACUUGCAUGCACCUUUGCUGUACCGAGAUGCCCAAGGAAAAGGUCGAAUGGGCUCUCAGGGAAGCUAAAUCUCAUGGGUGUCAGAACAUCCUUGCCCUCCGUGGCGACCCUGUGGCCGGCACAUCUACGUGGGAGCCUACUCCUGGUGGAUUCAUGAACGCCGUCGACCUCGUCCGAUACAUUCAUGAGCAUUACCCCGGAGAUUUCUGCGUUGCCGUUGCCGGAUUUCCUCAAGGGCAUCCAGAGACUCCCGACACUCCCGAGGGCAGGGCGCAGGAGAUGGAGUGGCUGAAAGCAAAGGUUGAUGCAGGAGCCGAAUUUAUCUUUACUCAGAUGUUCUACGAUACUUCAAUCUUCUUUGACUGGGUUAAGCGCGUGAGGGAGGCUGGCAUCAAUGUUCCCAUCAUUCCUGGUAUCAUGCCUAUUCAGAACUGGGAAAAGUUUGAGAAAUGGGUUCAAAGGGAGAAUAUUAUUGUGCCUUCUCAUUUCUAUGAGGCUCUUAACCCUGUUCGGGGAGACGAUGAAAAGGUGCGACAGGUUGGAACGAAGCUGGUUGCCGAUAUGUGUAAGACAAUCUUGGAUAACAAGGAGGCUGGUAUCAAGGGUUUGCACAUCUACACAUUGAACUUGGAAAAGGGAGCGAGAAUGUUGUUGCGAGAACUUGGAUUCGAGGGAAGGAGAGAACAAAUAGCGCCAUUGCCAUGGAGGCCAAGUUUGACUCCUAGCCGAAGAGAGGAGACCAUCAGGCCAAUCUUCUGGGCCAAUCGGACCCGCUCUUACCUUUCCAGGACCGCUGAUUGGGACGAGUUCCCUAACGGACGAUGGGGUGAUUCGCGAAGUCCUGCAUACGGUGAUCUCGACGGUUACCCUGUAUCCAUCGGUAUCACUGCUCCUGACGCGUACAACCUUUGGGGCCACCCAACCACGUCCUCCGACCUCCACGCCCUAUUUGCUCGUUUCUGCCGUGGCGACUUGGCCAAACUUCCCUGGUCCACCCAACCUCCUGCUUCCGAGACGUCUCUCAUCAUUGAACAGCUUGCCAAGAUGAAUGAGCUCGGAUACCUCACCAUCAACUCUCAACCAGCAGUGGAUGGUGUGAGGAGCGACGACAAGGUGCACGGUUGGGGUCCACCUGGCGGCUAUGUCUAUCAGAAGGCUUAUCUCGAGUUCUUUGUCUCUCCCGACCUGCUUUCUCCUUUGAUUAGGAGAAUUGAGAAGGACCCUAGGAUCACUUACUAUGCUGUCAACAAACAGGGUGAUCUGAGGACCAACACUCACAGCGAGAGCCCCAACGCUGUCACUUGGGGUGUCUUCCCCGGCAAGGAAAUUGUUCAACCCACCAUCGUGGAGGCGGUCUCUUUCAUCGCCUGGAAAGAUGAAGCCUUCGAACUCGGUCUGCAGUGGGCUCAUCUUUACCCCGCCGAAUCUCCUUCUCGUAAACUCAUCACCGACACCAUGAACACUUCCUAUCUCGUCAACAUCGUCGCCAAUGACUUCCGAGAUGGCAUGUCGAUCUUCGAGCCGUUCUUGCUUGAUCAGACAACUGUCAGGAAAGUCGUGGAGGGCGUGAAGGGUACUGUUGAGGGGAUCGUUGAGGGUGUGAAGGGUGUGGUCGGCGCUUAGAUCUUUGAAGAGCUACUAGAUGGGAGAGAUCGAUGAAUGUGAAAGACGGAAAAGCUGUCCUCAACGGACGAGCAAGAAGGGUUCACGUUCAACUCGUGCCCUUCGAUUCUCAAAAACAAAUUUCUGUUCAAUAUACCAAGGUUCAAUAUAGUACAUCAACUCUUUUUGGCCCCUUCCUUUCUCUUUUUGGCAUUUCAACAAUUCAACCUAUUGUAUCUCCCUAGAUCUCCGUACAGUUGUAACCCAUAGAUUAUCUAGAGGAGAGCGUUCAACACCGCCUUAUCAUCUUUUGUCAAUGCAUAUGUUU